AUGCGCGCGGCGGAGAGCGGCGCCCAGCUGCCGCGCUUGUACCAUGACGUGAAUGUCAACCGUCCGAGGGAAUACUGGGACUACGAGAACCUCUCAGUGAACUGGGGGUGCCAAGAUGAUUACGAGGUGAUGCGCAAGGUCGGCAGAGGCAAGUACAGUGAGGUCUUCGAAGGCAUCCACAUGGCCUCCCAAGAGAAGUGCGUCAUCAAGAUUCUGAAGCCUGUGAAGAAGCAGAAGAUCAAGCGAGAGAUCAGGAUCCUGCAGAACCUCUACGGGGGGCCCAACAUCGUGAAGCUGCUGGACGUUGUCCGCGAUCCGCAGUCGAAGACUCCCAGCCUCAUUUUUGAGUACAUCAACAACACCGACUUCAAGCAGCUGUAUCCCACCCUUACGGACCAUGACAUUCGGUACUACAUCUUCGAGAUCCUCAAGGCGCUGGACUAUUGCCACUCCCAGGGGAUCAUGCACCGGGACGUGAAGCCCCACAAUGUCAUGAUCGACCACGAGAAUCGGAAGCUGCGACUGAUCGACUGGGGUCUGGCAGAAUUCUAUCACCCCGGCCGCGAGUACAACGUGCGAGUGGCGUCGAGGUACUACAAGGGCCCCGAGCUGCUCGUGGACCUGCAGCUGUACGACUACUCCCUGGACAUUUGGAGUUUGGGGUGCAUGCUCGCCGGCAUGGUCUUCAAGAAGGAGCCGUUCUUCCACGGUCAGGACAACUACGACCAGCUAGUGAAGAUCGCGCGAGUGCUAGGCACCGAUGGCUUGUUUGCAUACCUGGACAAGUACAACCAGGAGCUUGACCCGCACUUCGACCACAUCUUGGGGAGGCACUCUAGAAAGGCUUGGUCCAAAUUCGUGACCUCCGACAACCAAUACCUGGUGAGUUUGGAUGUGCUGGACCUCAUAGAUCGGAUGCUUGUCUACGACCAUGCGCAGCGUGUGCUGCCGACGGAGGCGAUGCAGCACGCCUACUUCGCGCAGAUCCGCGCGGGGCCCAACGGCCCGGGGCCUCGGUUGGCCUCGGUUGGUGGGGGGCGGUUUGUGCAGAAUGCUUUUCGGGCGGAAGGGCUUGGUGCCAGGAGAAGGUGCUAG